ACUUGAGAUCAUAAAUCAAGUUGCAAGAAUUCCAAGAAUGAGUAGUAAAAAUUCAUUUGGUGCAAGAUUGGUUGUCCCAAUAGAUUUGAAGAAGAAGCCAUGGGAACAAACCCAUCCCCUCCACAACCGGUGGCACCCGGAGAUCCCGCCGGUGGCGGAGGUCCGCUCCGGCGAGCUUUUCCGGGUUGAGAUGGUGGACUUCAGCGGCGGCACCAUCACCAGCAAAUACACAGCUGAGGAUGUCAAAAAUGCAAAUCCUUACAUUGCUCAUUACCUGAGUGGGCCUAUCAGAGUGGUGGACGGCGGCGGCAAUCCGGCGGAGCCCGGCGAUCUCCUGGCGGUGGAGAUUUGCGAUUUGGGGCCUCUGCAAGGAGACGAGUGGGGAUACACUGCAAUUUUCGACAGGGAAAAUGGAGGAGGAUUUCUCACUGAUCAUUUCCCUGCUGCUGCAAAAGCCAUUUGGUAUUUUGAAGGGAUAUAUGCUUACUCUCCCCAUAUUCCAGGGGUGAGGUUUCCCGGGCUGACACACCCUGGAUUAAUCGGCACGGCGCCAUCGAUGGAGUUGCUAAACAUAUGGAAUGAGCGAGAAAGAAAACUCGUAGAACAUGGCCCCGAGAAUUUCAAGUUAUGCGAGGUGUUGCAUAUGCGGCCGUUGGCGAGUCUUCCAUCUACCAACACAUGUGCUCUCGGCAAGAUUAAGGAAGGAACACCCGAGUGGGAAAGAAUAGGCCGGGAAGCGGCUAGGACGAUUCCCGGGAGAGAAAAUGGCGGGAAUUGUGACAUAAAAAAUCUUAGUCGAGGUUCAAAAGUAUACCUCCCGGUGUUUGUUGAAGGGGCAAAUUUGAGCGCCGGAGAUAUGCACUUUUCACAAGGCGAUGGCGAAGUUACUUUCUGUGGAGCCAUUGAGAUGAACGGUUUUCUAGAGCUUAAAUGUGAAAUCAUAAAGGAUGGUAUGAAAAAAUAUCUUACACCAAUGGGGCCAACGCCUUUGCACGUGAAUCCGAUAUUUGAAAUAGGGCCGGUGGAGCCGAGAUUCUCCGAAUGGUUGGUGUUUGAAGGCAUUAGCGUCGAUGAGAGCGGGCGACAACAUUAUCUAGAUGCAAGCGUCGCUUAUAAGCGCGCUGUCCUAAAUGCGAUAGACUACCUCUCCAAAUUUGGCUACUCCAAAGAACAGGCCUAUCUUUUACUCUCGUGCUGCCCCUGCGAAGGAAGGAUUUCGGGCAUAGUAGAUGCUCCGAAUGCCGUCGCUACACUUGCAAUUCCAACGGCUAUAUUUGAUCAGGACAUUCGUCCGAAGAUUCAUGAUGGUGUCCCGAUAGGGCCGAGGGUCGUGAAUAGGGACAUCCCUCGGUGCACCUACGACGGCGAGCUGCCUACAACUAAGAACCCUUGUACUAGUACCAGAUAAAAGUUUCCCUUAAUAGAACUUGUAUUGAAACUUAAAUUUGGAACUGAAACCGAAUAUGUAAUAGAGUAUGGGAGUGUAUUGUCAUUUUUUUGGGCCUCUUUUAUCAUAUUGGGUUGGGCUGGAUUUA